GAGGCGCCGAGGGAGCAGAUAGCGCGGGGAGCGCCGCCUCCGCCCGGCUGAAGCUUCUGCGGGCGGAGGAGAGGGAGGAAGGGAUCAUGCGAGGGGGGCUAGCGCAAUAGAGGCAGGAGCGGAUGGUCGCCCGGAGGCUCCGCACCUAGGGAGCGUGACGUCCUGCUGCUGUGCCGCCGCUACCUACGCUGCCCGAGCUCGUCAAUGGAGCUGGAAAACAUCGUUGCCAACACCGUUUUGCUGAAAGCCAGGGAAGGGGGUGGAGGGAAACGCAAAGGCAAAAGCAAAAAGUGGAAGGAAAUCUUGAAAUUCCCUCACAUUAGCCAGUGUGAAGAUCUCCGAAAAACAAUAGAGAGAGAUUACUGCAGCAUAUGUGAAAAGCAGCCGAUUGGAAGGCUUCUCUUUCGGCAGUUCUGUGAAACCCGCCCGGAGCUCGAGUGUUGCAUUAGAUUCCUCGACUCGGUGGCAGAAUAUGAAAUUGCUCCAGAUGAAAAGCUGGGAGAGAAGGGAAAGGAAAUCAUGAUGAAAUACCUCACCCCAGAGUCUCCAGCCUACGUUCCAGAAGUCAGUCAAGAUCUUAUCCAACAGACAGAGGAAAAACUCGAAAACAGUCCCUGCAAAGAGCUAUUCUCUCACUGUACAAAAUCUGUCCUUGACCACCUCAGUGGGGAACCAUUCCAAGAAUACCUGAACAGCAUGUACUUUGACAGGUUUCUCCAGUGGAAGUGGUUGGAAAGGCAACCAGUAACGAAAAACACGUUUAGGCAGUACAGGGUGCUAGGGAAAGGCGGCUUUGGGGAGGUCUGCGCUUGCCAGGUUCGAGCAACAGGGAAGAUGUACGCCUGCAAAAGAUUAGAGAAGAAAAGAAUAAAAAAGAGGAAAGGAGAAUCCAUGGCACUAAAUGAAAAGCAGAUUUUAGAAAAAGUCAAUAGUCAGUUUGUAGUCAAUUUAGCCUAUGCCUAUGAAACAAAGGAUGCACUAUGUUUAGUUCUGACCAUAAUGAAUGGAGGUGAUCUCAAGUUUCAUAUCUACAACAUGGGAAACCCAGGUUUUGAGGAGGAAAGAGCUUUGUUUUAUGCUGCAGAGAUUCUUUGUGGUUUAGAAGAUCUUCACAGAGAAAACACAGUAUACAGAGAUUUGAAGCCAGAAAAUAUCCUGCUAGAUGAUUAUGGCCAUAUUAGAAUAUCGGAUUUGGGUCUAGCUGUUAAAAUCCCUGAGGGUGAAUCGAUCCGUGGAAGGGUAGGAACAGUAGGGUAUAUGGCCCCGGAAGUGUUGAACAACCAGAGAUACACACUCAGCCCUGACUACUGGGGACUGGGCUGUCUCAUUUAUGAGAUGAUUGCUGGGCAAUCACCAUUUCGUGGAAGGAAAGAGAAGGUGAAGAGAGAAGAAGUGGACAGAAGAGUUCUGGAGGCUGAGGAGGUGUACUCCCAUAAGUUUUCUGAGGAGGCCAAGUCCAUCUGUAAAAUGCUCCUCACCAAAGAUGUGAAGCAGCGGCUGGGCUGUCAAGGUGAAGGUGCAACAGAAGUGAAGAGGCACCCUUUUUUUAAAAGCAUGAAUUUCAAGCGGUUAGAAGCAGGAAUGCUGGAUCCUCCCUUUGUCCCUGAUCCCAGAGCAGUAUACUGCAAGGAUGUGUUAGACAUCGAGCAAUUCUCCACAGUGAAAGGAGUAAACCUGGACCAGACAGAUGAUGAUUUCUAUUCCAAGUUUUCCACAGGAUCUGUGUCUAUUCCAUGGCAAAAUGAGAUGAUAGAAACGGAGUGUUUUAAAGAACUAAAUGUGUUUGGACCAAAUGGUACUAUUUCACCAGACCUAAAUAAAAGCUACCCCCCGGAGCCACCCAAGAAAGGACUGCUACAGAGAAUAUUUAAACGACAGCAUCAGAACAAUUCAAAGAGUUCUUCAAAUUCGAAGGCCAGUUUAAAUCACCACAUAAAUUCAAAUCACGUGAGUUCAAACUCCACUGGAAGCAGCUAGUUCUGACUCAGUUUUAUCAAACAUUGCGUCCUUCCACUAUAAUCUAUGAAGCUUCUAUGGAUGAGAGAGCAUCCACCACUGAGUGAAAAAAAAAAGAAUCUCCCCAAAAUGGAGAUUUUCUACCCAUUCCUUCCAGUGGAGCCUCGCAUUUUAAGAAGAAAUUUCCACUCAGGUCUGUUUCUGGAGGUGGCACUCAAGACUGUGUGAAUCAAAUUUGUCUAUUUAGAACAUUGCAAUAGAAAUUCAAUGAACAUGACUACUUGCACGUAUUUAAAUAGCAUCAUACUAGAACUGAAUUUUGUCUUUAUUAUUUUUAAAGAAAAGUUUUGUAAAUUUCUCUAUUGUCUCAGUUUACAUUUUGUACAUUUGUAUUUAAAUGAAAGUCAGACUUUGGAGGUGUAUAUUUUCCAAGCAGCAGCUGUAAAGCCAUGUGUUUUAAGACAUUUUUUAAAAGAAAAAAAAUGUGACUCAAGACUUCCAGAGCCUCAAAUGAGAAAUCAUUCUUUUUAGUGAUUCUAGAAAACUGUUCAUAAAUCACUUUAUCAGACUGGGUUUUAUUGACAUGCAUUUUUACAGAACAGGUUAUUCUUAAUUAUUUUACAUCUGUAUAUUUGGUUUACAGCAACACUGCAUACGUUUCUCCUCUUCAUUAACUUGUAAUGUCUUGCAUUAAAUGCGAAAAGAUGCUGACAAGGCUUUGAUGUAUUCAAGAAUACUCCUUGCUAUGCCUAAGGUUUGUGAUCUCAACAGACCAGCACAGCUGAGAUCUGUAUUUAACAUUGUUAGAUCAUCAUAAUAUUUUUUUUUUUAGAAAGUGUACUCUAUUUUAAACCCUUCUUCACUUUUGUUGUUGUUGUUCUUGUUGUUGAAGUACAAAACUGAGUGAGAGUUGACUGGGAAAGCAAAUGACCAUUUGUUUUUCAGGGGCUUGAAUCCUACACCCACUAUGAUGAGAGCAAAGCGUUCUCUGUGCUGCGGACAAAAGUCCAAGGCCUUUUCAUCACUGCUCAUAUCAAACAGGUAGCAAGAGAGAAAUGCAAUAGUCUACUUUUUGCACCAUGAGAUUCAUGUCAGCUCCCUAGGGCUGACCUGUGGAGACUGAGAGUGGGGUCUGAGCUGCUUUAGGGCAGUAGCAGAACCUGUGUCUGCACUUUGUUUUGUCAUAUCAAACAUACAUGACUUGUUCCCAUCAAAUAAGUCCUCAACUUAAUUGAAUUAAAUGUAAGUUAUGAAACAAGACUUCCCACUUUUUCUUCCCUCUUUCUUUACCCAGGAUCCUUUAACCACUUUUGAAGAUGUUAUUCCCACUUACAAACAGGAUCAGUCAGGAUGAGUAGUGGUACCUGAGGCACCUGAAUCAUGCUCAAGCAUCAAAAAUACGGUUCCUUCUCUUUCAUAGGAACUGGAAAACCUUUGUGCACCCAGUGAGGUCUCUGUAGCCCAGCAUGUUCUGCAAAAGAGGGUUCUUCACCUCACAGUAUUCACCAGAGGAGACUGAUAAGUUCACCCUUGGGUCAGUGAGGAACAUCUGAUGCUCGUCUUGACAUGUCUAAAGCCACGUUAGCUAGCAGCACAGUUACCCCAGGAAGCACUGUUCCAGUAAAUGGCCAAGGUUCAUUAGAUUAUUCAUUUUAUAUGUUAUGUUCUAUAACUCUGGCCAGCGCAGAAGGGUUAAAAAAAAAUGCAGGUUAGCAGUGACAAAGCUAUGAGUGAUAGUCACAGGAAUCAGAUGUUAAAACAACUUGAAGACACGAGGGAGAGAGUUAGAUCAGGGUCAGGAUUUGCAUAAAGCAGCCUACAGAGGAAAAAGUUAAGGAAGGAAGAUGGGGCUUUGGUGCCUUUCUCUGAAGUAAAAUACAUUAAGAUGCAAGUCCAUACCAUUACAAAAUCCUCCAGUUUUCCUGGUCACUAGUAGAUAUGCAGAAAGUAUGUGAGAAGAUCACCAAGAAUAUGUUCCUGUUUUUUCUUCAGGUCAAUUUGGCAGGGAAAUUCCUUUUCCCAUAUAGAUGGUGCUCAGGGAGAGCUUCAGCUACUCUCCCAUGUCAGAUGAUGGCACUGAAGAUCUUAUACAGUAGAUACAAGGUUGUAGAGAAACAGUAACAAAGAGAAUUUUGAGUAACUUUCUAAUCAGCUAUAAACUAAAAAUAUAAUGGUUUCAGCUUCUCAACAGGAGAGGAAUUAAUACUGUAGAAAUGAAAGCAGCUGUGCACAGGGUAGACUAUUACCUCCAAUUCCAUUCUCACAGCCUGAUGUAGAGCCACCUAAGUCUGCAAGAUUAAAUCACCUUGGCAUGAAAAUACACUUGCUCCAAGAGAUUUUCGCAGACUUUCUUCAAUACACGUGGAAUUUCACCUGAUUUGAAGAUAUGUAGAUGAGAAGUAGAGGAAUAUAUCAUAACCAGACCAUGGAUACAUAUGAACCUGAAACAAGAUGCAUAUCUUUCAUCUUAGACAGAUUUAAGGGUUUUGCAGCUCAAAUCUAUUUUUAUCAUUCUCAGACAUCACUUUCUAGUAGCAUUGCAUACUGUAAGUUUGUGCACCCUCAGCUGGCUUCAUCCUCUGCACUGAUGCUAGGAAAGGGUUGCUGGAUGGGGAACUAGAGUGAAAGCCUAAGUUCUUCUCUCCAUUACCAUCAUCUCACUUCACAGCAACAGACAAGCACAUUCUUUCAUCAGAAAAAUAUGGCAGAUAAUAUCUACCUAUCCCACGAUGGGGAAGAAAAAAUGACAGCUGAGGGAAGUCUUGGCCCCUUAAUAUUUCAUAACAUAAAUUUGAUAAGACUGCAGAUGUCUUGAAAGCUUCAUUUCCUAUGUGUGAUCAAUGUGACACAUGAAGACUGAAUUUUCUGUUUUUUUUACCAUCAUCCAUUUGGGAAAUACAAUCCCGAUAAUAAUAAAACCUUUAGUGAAAGCUGGUGAGCAAAUUGAAAAUAGAUGUAGAUGGUGUUAUAGCUCUUAGAUGCUAUCAGCCUUAACUAGUGGUGGAUGACUUCUUUAUAUGACAACGGGGAAUGACAACAGAUGUGCCUUCCCUGCUCUCCUUUCAGCUGGGCCUGUUCCUUACUCAGCAUUUGGGACUCAACAGUAAAGACAAGAACAAUGCAAAGUCCUCAGAUGACAACAGCUGCAUUCAGCUGAUACUUGGAAUUUAUUAUGCUAGAUUGGUAUCCUGAACCUUCAGGAUCAUGUGGGACAAGGACGCUUAUGCACACCUGAAGAGUCAAGCCAGGGACUAAGUCCCUUUGGAUCCCAGCCCUUUGGAAGCAGUGAGAGGGUAAGAGGAGAGACAGAGAACAAGAGCAGCCGAGGGAGAUUUCAUGCUGCAUCCCUGUUGCUAUCUUUUGUGACAAACUUUGAACAGUAUUACGAUGCUUAAUCAGCAGAAGUCACUCAGUAUCCCUGAAAGAUUUAAUCUUUACAUCAUUACAUUAUCAUUAGUGGUAAUGAGCAGUCCUACGAAUCUUCUGGUCAGGGUUUGCCUACGUCAACAGAGCCUGCAGGAUUGUCUUUUCAUUGCUGAUUUCUAUUAUUAUUUUUGAAGUAAUUGUUCAACUCCUCAGACGCACAAUACAGUCCUCUCACUCCUAUAGAGUGACCAUGAGGACACACAAUUCAGGGCUGAAGCCCUGCUUUGCUUCCAGAGACAUUUGUCAUUUGCCUCUGAGCCAAAUUCAAAAACACUGGGAGCCACAGAUGUUCAGCAGAUCUCAAAUAACAGAGUUAUAAUUUCAUUUUACAAUCUUGGAGAGCAUUUGUAGGGGGAUUUCUAGUAUUUUGAUUCAAAGUGAAUAGUUUCUGAUGUGGGUUUGCACAUAGCAAAGGAGCAGGAAGUAGUGGUUAUUUAAUAGCUUUCCAAAUCUAUUAAUUCUCUGUCUUCUUUUCAGUUACAGUAUAGAUUCUUUCAAAAAAUGCAGAAGUUCGGGUCUAGCUGCUUGAUUUAAGUAGACAGAUGAGCAAACGAAGCUCAUUUUAAGAAUCAGAAAUCUUUUGCAUCUAACCCUGAAUUGUACAAGCAUCUUCUUUAUCUUUAAAUCUUUACUAAGUAAUUUAAUGAACAGUUACCAGUUUGCACACUUUUUGAUACAGAUGAACAUUCAUUGUGUAUAGUGUCUCUGUAGAAGAAUUAAGUCUUCUAGAAUUUUUCCAUUCUCUUGUUGUAUGAAAGCUUUUUUAAACAAAGAAGUAAUGAAGGUAAAGUAACAAAUACAAAUUUAGCAAUAGGACUAGAGGGAAUGGCCUCAAGAUGUGCCAGGAGAGGGUCAGGUUGGAUAUUGGGAACAAUUUCUUCUC